CAGGGUACAGGACUGCUCUGCUUCAAAAUGAAUCUACUGUCACUCACCACUUUCCUCAUCUCUCUCCUACAUGUUCUCCUGCCAUCCACCACAGCCGCACCUUACAACGCCACUGACAUCAUAGUCCUCAACUGCGGUGCAAGUUCAACAACUACAUCAUUGGAUGGCCGCAAAUGGGAAGCUGAUCUUCUCUUUAAAUAUUCCCCUUUCAACGACAAAAACGCAUCGUUUCCUUCCAACGCCUCCAGCGAACACCCCUCUGUUCCCAUGGUUCCCUACUUCUCAGGACGUAUUAUUUUUAAGGAGCUAAUUAAUUAAAUUAAAUUGCCUAUUUUCCCAUUCUUUAAUCACCAAGCAGCAACUUCUAAUUGGCAAAAGGCU